AUGAGGAAGUACCAGAAGGAUAGCUACGAAGACGAUGAAGGAGGAGAUGAUUUUUCACCACUGAAAAGGGAGGUAUUAGACGUGAGAUUCUCUUCUCGUUUCAAACUACCUGCGUUCGAGCCCUUCGAUGGGACCGGAGACCCAAAAAGCCAUAUCUCAAAAUUCAAGACGAUAAUGUUACUUCAAGAUGUUUCAGAUCCGAUGCUGUGCAGAGUAUUCCCUGCCACCCUCAAGGGAUCAGCGCAGAAAUGGUACCUCGGACUGAAGUCCAAUACCAUCGGAACAUUUGCAGAACUGGCAACGGAAUUCAAAGGGCGUUUCCGCACAAACAUCCCGCUGCAGAAGAACUCAAGUGACUUACGGAAGUGCCGACAGGGUGAAGGCGAGACGUUGAAGAACUUCGUGGAGAGAUUCAAUAAAGAAGCAGUCCAGAUAGAGCACCUAAACCAUGAUACAGCCAUAGAAGCCAUGAAGAUGGGAACUAGGUUCGAACGAUUGAGAGACAAGAUCUUAAUGAAAAAGCCUUCCACUUUCCAAGAAUUGAUGGCAAUAGCACAUAAGUACGUAGAACUGGAUGAAGCAAGAAGAACGCUAACAAAACAGUAUGAGGAGGAUAAAACAGAGAGAUACCGCAGUAGAGGAGGAGACCACAGAGCGCAGAGAUUUGGAAGAGGAAACAAGCCAUUUGACUUCACACCUUUGAAUAGAGCACCAGUGGAAAUAUUCAGCUGGAUGAAGAACAAUAGAGUCAUGUACAAUGCACCCAGAAAGCUACACCCAGACAAAGAGAGAGACAAGAGCAAGUAUUGCAGAUUCCAUGAAGGAUAUGGCCACGACACAGAUAGAUGUUGGGACUUGAAGCGGGAGAUAGAACAACUGAUCCAGUCACGAGUAUUGAAGAAGUUUGUACGUACAGAAGGAAGUGCAGAAAAAAGGAAACCGGAACAUAUGGAAAAAGAAGAGGCAAACAAAAGAUUCAAAGAAUCUAUGGGCGUGAUCAACAUGAUAGAAGGGGGGAACCCUAUUCGAAGGCACAGAAGAAGAAGAUACGUAAGGGCGUGUACUCGAUAA